GUUUAAGGGUAAGAGUUAAGGUUACGAUUGGGAUUGACUUUAUGUUUAAGUGUUAUGGUUAUAAUUAGGUUAGGUGUAUAGUGUUCGGUCCAGGGUUGAAGUUAAGAUUUCGGUUAGUGUCGAAAAUUGAACGAAACAUUUUGUCCCGGAUGUUGUCGCAGGAGCAUAGUGUCGUACAACCAUUGUAAGAAUACCCGCCUCCCCCCCCCCCCCCUCUCCUCAUCUACCCUCAAUUUUCCCUGAGCCUUCUGAUCCUCAUAAGCCAUUACCUAUUUUAAGAAACGCUUCCCUGGGCAACGCUUUAUACUUUGACCGCGCGGGUACCCUCAUUAAUAAUUCCUUUCGAAACAGAUCUCUUAUUAUUCUAACAAAUUUAGAGUGGAGGAAUCUACACUACCAGUCAAUCCACAGGUCUCAUUUUCAAAUCAACGCUUACAAGAGACGAUAAUUUGCAUUAUGAAUUGUUCUAUAGCAUGCAGAACAUAAAAAAUAGCAGUCUGUGAUCAAUGCCAACACAUUUUCACUCUGAACACAACAACUAGUUGAAAGUUGAUAGCAGACGACGUCGGUGAAAUUGAAACGAAAACCCGAUUCUAGCUGACUGCACUAACAUUCGACGACCUUUCCACUCACAUGAUGGGCCUACAGGCCUUGUCUGUCAUGGAGAAUGUAUAUGGGAGCAGGCCCAGUGCAAUGGCUAGACCAGAAGACAGUCGAAGCAGCACCCCACUCAGACACUUUGUUGAUGCCAAGAGGAAUAUGAAGGAAAUCUACAAGGAGGUUUCGGAUCACAUCACCGACAGCCAUGCGUUCCUUUGUGCUUCCCAGUUAGUAUCCGAUGAGCAGCUGAGUAAGGUAGAAGCAUUCAAAAACCAGGUUCGAGGGAUCCAAGAUGUUCUGGAGAGAGAUCACAUGAAAGUAGCGUUCUUUGGCAGAACGAGUAACGGUAAGAGUACAGUGAUCAACGCGAUGUUACGGGAUAAGGUGCUACCCUCUGGUAUCGGCCACACCACAGACUGCUUCCUGUGUGUCGAGGGAUGCGAAGGGCAGGAGGGUUACAUGAGCCGACAAAACAGCUCGGAGAAAAUUAGUACAACUUCUGUGAGUCAGUUAGCCAAUGCACUGGCAGGAGAGCGUGACCAUGAGGACUUUCAGCAGCGUAGCAUUCUUCACAUCUUCUGGCCCAAAACGCAGUGCCAUCUUCUCAAGAAUGACGUGGUCCUGCUCGACAGUCCUGGAAUAGAUGUAGAACAUGAUAUGGAUGAAUGGAUCGACGAUCACUAUAUGGAUGCUGAUGUCUUUGUCUUGGUGUCAAAUGCAGAGUCUACUCUUACGAGAACUGAGACAAGCUUCUUUCUCAAAGUAAGUGCGAAGCUCUCCAAACCCAACAUCUUUAUUCUGAACAACAGAUGGGAUGCCUCCGCGAAUGAACCAGAGAACAUGGAAGUGGUUAAGAGGCAGCAUUUGGAGAGAGAGAUCAAAUUCUUGGUGGAAGAGCUCAAAGUUAUGACUGAAGCCCAAGCCAAGGAUCGGAUAUUCUUCGUGUCGGCCAAGGAGGCCCUUAAUUCCAGGAUACUCCAGACCCUGUCCACCCCAAACGCAAAUCCAAUUGUUGAAGGUUACCAGGCAAGGUUGUUGGAGUUUGAGAACUAUGAAAGAAAACUUGAGGAAUGUAUUUCACAGACUGCCGUGAGAACCACAUUUGAGCUGCGUGCUAAGCAGGGCAGACAGAUUGUUGAUUACACACGGGAGAUUCUAUCACAGGUCUUAGAAGCAGCUACCAAAAAGAGAGCGGCCUGCAUCGAGAAGCGCAAGGAUCAGAACGAUAGGUUAGACUACCUGAAGGACCAGAUGAAGAUACUGAGCUUAGAGAGCAAAGAGAGGAUUAAAGAUGUUUCUGAACAAUCGGAAUCAAAGGUAUCGGCUACCAUGACAGAUGAGAUCAGGAGAUUAUCCCUGCUGGUGGAUCAGUUUGACAAACCUUUCUAUCCUGAAUCAUUGAUGGCCUACAAGGAGGAGCUUCUGAAGCAUGUGGAAGCAGGUCUUGGUCAGAACCUAGCAGCAAGAUGUUCAGCUAAUAUCAAGCAGUCAGUAGAGGAGCUCCAAACACAGAUGACAGAACGGACGUCUGCCCUUACACCAGAGGCUUCGAAUGAGAGACCGGAGGGCCUCCUCUUCUGUAGGGACUUUGAUCUCAACUACCGUUUCAACUGCCAGGAAAUCUUUGCCGAUUUUAAGGAGAAUAUUGAAUUCCACUUCUCCCCACAUCUGAUUCCCAUGAUUAGUUCCGCCGUAGCGUGGGUAAUACGUUGAUGUAGCUUAACUAACUCUCACAUUAUGAAGCAAAACAAAAGCAAAAACACAAUCACAUUUGUAGCAACCAGUUAAUUCACAAGCAUAUCAUCCUUUUUCUGAAGUAAAUAAAGAGAAAAAAUGAAGAAAAAAUAUGGGGAACAAAUCAU